CAGGUCGUACGUCCAGCGGCACAUGUUAUCGCCUCUUCAGCAAAGACAGUUUCUUGGCAAUGGCACCCAGCUCUGAUCCAGAAAUCCUCAGAGUUCAUUUAGGACAAGCCAUGCUCAAACUGGCAGAACUGGGUGUCAAUGGGAGACAUUAUGACUUUGUACAGUCCCCAAGUGAAGAAGCUCUCGAUACAGCUGUUAACACACUUGUGGAAAUUGGAGCUUUGCUGGAUGGUGACAUUACAGAGACUGGUCGAUUCAUCUCCAAAUUACCAUUUGAUCCCAGACAGGGACUGAUAGUGUAUUUUGGACUCAAAGAUGAGCUUCUGUAUGAUGCUGUUGUUAUUGCAGCUCUACUAAGCAAUGAUUCAGACUUGUUUUACAAAGGACUCACUGAUAUGGAUGAGCAGCGUUCAGCAAGGAACAAAAACCAGUUUGCUUCCCCUUAUGGUGACCCUUUCACCUGGUUCAACGUUUUCCAAGAAUGGUCAUCCCUCGCCAACAAAGAGCAAUCAGCGUGGUGUGCGAAGCACAGCGUCAACUACAAGAUAAUGAACUUCACAAGGCAAUGUGUUAAAGAUGUUGCAGGUAUUUUGCAGAAAGAGCUGGAAAUUGAAAUGUCUGAGCGUUUUUCAACUGAUGAAACUGCCAUUGAUCGCUUAAGGAAAAUGAUCUUUAAAGCAAACUUGUCAAUGGUUGGCCACUAUCUAGGUCAUCACAGGGCAGGAUACUUUGCCUCUGGGAUUCACCGCCAGGUGCAUUUUCAUCCAUCUUCCUCUUUGGUGUGCCAGAAUGCUCAUCCAGAAUGGAUUGUUUACUCACAGUUUAUCAAGACUUCUCGAGAUUUCAUCAAAGGCAUCACUGUUAUUGAUGAACAUUGGGUUCAGGAAGCUAUUCAGAAGAAAGACUUGGCUUUUGAUAUUGAAGAAGUGAAGGGAAAACAGAUUCACCGGGUUCACCAUGAGGAAGCUGGAACUGCAGUCUUUAGAUCCAUAGUAGGGCCGCGUUACCGGAACAUUGUUGAUCUGGAGGACUGCUUGGCAAACUCUGGAAUGGGGACAGUGGUUGUUGAAGCUGACCGUGAUCUCGGUACAGUGGAUAUUUUUUCAGCCAGCCCAUCCAGUGAUGAGAUUACAAAAGCUCUGGAUGGCUACAAGCAAAGGACCGUUGAGGGUCUGCAAAGUAGAGAGCGGGAAUUCUCCUUAAGCAAAACAUCCAAUAAAGAACGGAGUGGAUGCAGAGUAACGCUUGGACAAGGUGCUUCAGUGAAAGCUGUUCUCAUGCCUGGGCAAAGUAAUACAGUCUUGAUCAAGAAGGCAUCUGAUGCAAUAACUGUGGAAGAAAUGAAGACAAAAUUUUCUGCAUAUGGAGACAUCAAAGACUGUUUCCGUUUUAAAAGUGAAGACCCAUGGGGUAUGAUUAAGUAUGCUACCUGUUCAGAAGCAGAAAAUGCGGUGAAUGGGACCAGGAAUGAUCAGAACAACAUUGCAGUUUUGAAGGUUGACCAGACUGGCAAGGAAAAAACAGGCCAAUUUCAGGCACGUCUUUCUUGGUUAAGGCGACCUGUUAAGGGCAAAGGAACAGCAUUUAUUAAAUGUUCUCCGCUGUUGCAACCUUUUCUUGUGGGUCAAUCAAUAUUGCUGGAUGGAAAAUUUUGUGACAUCAAAAUGCCAGAGAAAGGAGAUGAUUUGAUUUGCUUUAAUGCAAGAGGUUCUUCAGAAGAUCAUAUCAAAGAGGAAGUUGUGGCUUUGUUGAAAGACAAAGGCCAGGAUGAAAAAAGUCUAAGGAAAGACAUAUUCAUUUCCAUGGUUCGAGAAAAGAGAGACUGUCUUACGCCAGGUGAAAAGAAAGAAAUGGAGACGAGAAUCUGCAAUCGAUUUAGUGAAUGUCUACCUUCCUCUCAGGACACCUGCACUGUUGAACUCAAACCACCAAAAAACACAGACAUCAGACAGAUUGGCUUUGUUUAUUUCAACAAUCCUGUCUCUGGGUUCCGUGCUUGCCAGUAUCUACAGGGAAGUCUCACAAGCGAUGAUGGUCAGCCUAUUGAUAUCUGUCCUAAGCUGAGGACAAGUAUCCAUAUUCCUCGUAGUAUCAUGAAAGCCAACGAGGAGCGCUUUAAUGAUAUCAUUGAGGGGUUGAAGACUCAGAAAGCAACUGAAGUCACCAAAGUAUCACUAAAACAAGGAGAUUACAGGCUGGACAUAUGUUCAAAUGAGGCCCAGUGUAUUGUUGAUGCCAGAGAGAUCUUUCAGUCAGCUCUUGAAGGUGAGGUCAUUGAAUGCAGAAGGUCGACUUUACUGGAAUGUCUCCUCAAACGCCAAGGACUGGAUGCUGUUCGUAGUGUGGAAAAAUCAGAUAAUGUUCUCAUUAUUGUCAAUCAAAGGGAUGGAAAGCUUCAUAUCCAUGGUGUGGAAAAAGACGUCGCCAAGGCAAAACUAAGCAUAGACAAGUAUUUGAGCAGACUGGUUGAUGGCAGAGAGGAAUGCAUCAGCUUAAGAGGUGUAAAGCGUCCCCCAGGUUUAAUGAAAGCAUUGUUGCUAAAAUAUGGAGAUACCCUGGGUGAGCUUCAGAAUGAAUUUGGACUGAAUAACAUCAAAGUUGAUUUUAGGCAACAAAAAAUCUCUGUUGUUGGGCAGGAUGAGGCUUUGGAAAACUGCAUCGCGACCAUUGAAGAAAUGGCAACCAGUCUUAGUCAGGGCUUUUCUGAUGUGUCCAAGUUCGAGAUGCCAGAGUGUGUGGCGUGUCUGUGUCAAGUGGAUACAAGCGCUGAGCUCUACCGCCUUGAGGGUUGUGGACAUUGCUACUGCCUGGUGUGCAUCAGACAGCAGGUGAUAGUGUCGGUACAGGACAAGCAGUUCCCUCUAUCUUGCGUCAAGGAGGACUGCAACCGACAGCUCGUUUGGAAAGACUUUGAAUUUUUCCUCCACAAGAAAUGGAUACAGGAAGAAAAACUCGUUCAGAUGUCUCUGAAUGCUUAUGUUGAACAAGAGCCAGAUAAAUACAAGUUUUGCCCAACUCCAAAUUGCCCAGUUAUAUAUGAAGUAACACUCAACCCAGAUGGAUGUGUGUUCACCUGCCCUUCGUGUUUUUCAAGCUUUUGUUCUUCUUGCGGCAAAGCCUCCCAUCCAGGACUCACUUGUGAAAUGUCACAGAGUUGGAGUCUUGCUGAAAGAGAGCUGGAGCGUUGGUUGCAGGAAGACCCAUCGAAACGCAAGCAGUGCCCAGAGUGCAAGACUCCUAUUGAAAAGAUAGAGGGUUGUAAUAAGAUGCACUGCUCAGCCUGCCACAUUGUCUUUUGCUGGCUUUGCUUGCAGACUUUCACUGAUGAGCAGCCUUGUUAUGCUCAUCUUGUUAAAACACAUGGGGGAUUUUGCUAAUAGGGAGAGUAUGCAUUUCCCUUGGUUUGUCAUUUGUGGCUAGCUGUGAAUGCCAGGACAGUUCAGCACCUCCCUGCUUCUGACCCCUACCCCUUCCCACCCUACCCUGCUCAUGCCCCCCCCCCCCCUAACCUCACACACACACAUGCACAUACAUACACACACACUUGUACACCCACAAACACAUUUUCUAAUGUAUACUAAUAUUGUGUCUUUUAAACAUGAUUGUUUUUGUUUUUCACCUUUUAACAUUUUAUUCCUUUAUUAGGGGAUAUGAGAAAUGAUGGUGUUGCUUUGAAGGUGCUUCAGAAGUUCCCCAGGUUGUGCUCUUUCCACUGUCAGUUUCUUAGAUACUUGGAUAAUUAUAAAUCUUUGUGUUAUAUAUACAUUUGUUUCUUUUGCCUUUUCGUCCCCUGUUGCCUUUGAGCUCGGAGGACAUGCUGUAUAUUUUGCUAACACCGAAUUAUUUGGAAGAAUCAAGAGUGUGACUACAUCUGCAGUACACUUUUUGAUCGUUGUCAAGACUUAAUGUAAGACGCCUGGAAUUGUUGUUUGUCAUAGUGAUUGCCAAGAUUGAAGUUUUUGGAGCAGAUAACUGGUUUAUGUUCUGGUUUAUAUUGAAAAUGUAAAUAUACUUAAUUCGUUUUAUGUCAUGGAACCAGUAACCACAGACAGGAAUAUUUGAAGAGGUCAAUACAUACAUCGUGAGCGAACUGGUCAAAUGUUAUACUGAGCCAAGAAAGCAACAUUUUUCAGUAGAGAGAAAAAACUGUUUUUUUCUUUUCACUAGAAUUAUAUCUAAUUGCACUUACAUUGCAUUUAUAUUUUCUUGCUUUUUUCAGCAUUUAGAAUGUGAAUACUGACUGGAGUUUACCUUUAGGCCAUUUCCAAA